AUGCGCCGAAAAUUAACGCUCGGCCUCGUUUGGGCGUUGUUCUGGCUCGCUGCUGGGCCCGUGUCUGGCGACGAAAACGACAUCGCCGCCCCGGUUCCCCCGGAACCAGCACAGCCAGCCCAGAAUAACGCACCAACUUUACCCGCUGGCCACGGCGAACACCGUCCACUCGAUUCAGAAGGUACGCCUUUAUCCCGGAUUGCCCAUCAGCUCACACACUGCGCAGGCACCUUCACCGAGUCGCUCAAGGACAACGUGACCAAGGCUACUCCGUCUGAGCGCCUAGACGAGAUGUCUAAGGACGUGAUGAAGGAGAUGGCAACAAAUCCGUACUUCAAGAUUCCCAAGUACGAUCGCAAAAUACGUGAGCUAGCAGUGUUACACCCAACCGUCAUGGAGAAGCUGGGCGUGUACGUGAUUCCUAUAAAGCCGUCGUCGUCUAAGGGCGACGCCGACACACAUUCCGAUGGUGCGAAUCCUGCGGAAGGCCAAGAGAACAAGGCGGAAGAGGCAACUUCCUCGUCCAAUGCGCGUAUGUGUUACACACAUCUCACGGCAUUCAUCGCCACUGCAGCGAUCAAGUCCAACCUUGCGUACAUCCUCAAGCAGUCAGAGAUGAUCAAGGCGAUGACACCGGAGGAGAAGCUGCAGUUCAUUCCUCGUCUGAAGGAGACCAUCGUGUACGAGAUCAUGAGCAACAUGCGCACCAUAGAAAAUUUGAGCGCGCAGCUCGGCCACGAGUCGACCUUCGGCUCCGCCUAG